GGCCAAGUAACAUGGUUUGCGUGGUUCUUUCUGACAGUGUAGGCCUCCAAGUCGCCUUCUCACCAGCACUUUAUCUCCUGUUGUUCUGAGCUUCUCCCACUUGCAAGGGGCAAUACACGAGUAGCAGAACAUACACUACACAUCACUCCUCAGUAUGGCCUGUCCCUCUCUUCCAUCUCUAAGAGUUCCUCUUCCCAAUUCAUGUUUCUGGCAUGUGACUGCCAUUGGGGCCAUAUUGUAGUGUGGCCCCUGUUGGUCAGAGCCUUGAGCUAGGUGACACACUUGUUGUAAACGGGAAGGUCACUCUCCCUCUUGCCUGAUCUCAUCAGGUUCCUCUAUUUGCAGCUAGUAGUAGUCUAUUUAACACGCCAGUAGCCACCCAUUUCUUUCUCCCGUGCGGCUGUCUUGUGUUUCUCAAACUUUGUCUUACGCCAGCCAACCGUAAACAGACACUGUCUGCGCGUCUCUCUUGCAAGAACAGCUAGCUCUCCCAUACAUCUCUCCUACGUUGGCUGAGAUCGAUUGCUGCCACCUACAUUGGCCGAUAUGUCAAGCCGGAGGUCACGGUCGAGGCAGUCAGGCUCGUCGAGGAUCACCGACGAGCAAAUCAGCGAUCUUGUAUCCAAGUUGCAGGAUCUCCUCCCCGAGGCUCGACUCCGGAGCAAUGAUAGAGUGCCAUCUUCGAGGGUUCUGCAGGAGACUUGCAACUACAUCAGGAGCUUGCAUCAGGAGGUCGACGACCUGAGCGAGAGGCUGUCGGAGCUGCUGGCCACGUCCGACAUGAGCAGCGCGCAGGCGGCGAUCAUCCGCAGCCUUCUGAUGUAGCCGCCGGCGGCCGUCGUCGCCACAUUGUCUUUUGCUGCUGGGCAAUCAGCGCGCACACACCCUCGGAAUGUUUGUAGCUUAGAGAGUGAUCUUAAUUAGUACUGGAGGAGCAGGGAUUCCUAAUUCACUCUACGUUCAUAAGUAAUGUAAUGUUGUUGUCAUGUCAUCUUCUAAACCAGAUCAAUCUUUUUUGUGUACUUAAUCAAAAUCCAUCCUGAUUCGUGCAAAGUUCAUACAGUACCAUUUUUUGUGU